AUGUCAGACUACGGAGGGAAGACUUUUGGUGAAGUGACUUCAUUGUCCAGGCAGUCGUUCAUUCGGCCUGCGGACGAGGGGUCAUUUGUGCAUGCGGUGAGCACUAAAUCCGCUGCAUCGAGAGCGACUUUGGAGGUGGACCUAAAUUCGACGGCCCCUCAAUUUACAAUCAAGGCCUUGAUUUCAGGCACUGUAUCGGGUACAGUCUGUACCUUUUUAGCUCUAUACUAUGGCCUUAAGACUGGUAUAACGCCAUCUCUCAACAUUUUAGGAGGUGUCCUCGGUUUUGCUCUUACCAAGUUAUUAAUGAGGACUGGUGUAUUCGGCGAUACCUUUACACCGCAAGAGAACGCGGCUAUUCAAACAUUGUCUGUGGCCAUCUACUCACUUUCCUACCCUUGUUUUGGGUUCACGAAUGGCUGGCUGGCACUAUCGAAGGAAUGCUAUGAUUAUCUGGGUGCUGGAUUCGAAGGCAACAACCUCUCUGACACUGUUGAUGUUAACUACUGGAGAAGUGUUGUAUGGAGUGCUUCUUUGUUUUCUUUCGGGUUCUUUAUUGCGUACCCGUUACGCAACUACUACGUUAUCAAGAAGCGUCUAAUGUUCCCUUCGGGAACAGCUACAGCCUACGUUAUUUCUGCUCUGCAUGCCUCGAAGGAAUCAGCACGCAAAGGCUUGGCGAUUUUGGGCAAGUUCUUCUCUCUCGCAUUCGUCAUCAACAUGCUUACCUGGGAGUUUGAAGGACUCGCGGCCUUUCCUGUGUUUGGAAUUGAAGCUGCUAAAUACGGCUGGGCAUUCGAUUGGGAUUUGGGUAGCUUCGGUAUCGGCAUGCUCCUAUCGCUACAAAUUAAUGCUUCGAUGUUAUUUGGGGCGUUAUUAAUGUACGCGUUUUUGCAGCCACUUCUGAGCAACCAUUUUGAUGGCAUUGGCAAGGAUGAUUGGUUCGACAGCAACACGGUUGCUUCACCGUAUCUUGGACUUAAGGCAUACCCUCUGUUUGCGGGUCUUGCGGUGAUGAUUGUGCAGGGGAUCUGGUCGGUGCUUGAGAUUUUAAUUACGGUGGUUAUCGCCUACGUGAAGAAGGAAGGGGAGGAAGAAGUUGUUGAUGAAGAGACCAGGAGAAGAGAUGAGAUCUUCGAAGAGAAGGGUUUCCCGAUUUGGGCAAGCGUAGUCGGCUACUGCAUUACGGGUGCGGUUACCUGCAUCGUACAUUACUUCAUGCUAGGGACCAAGUGGUAUCAGACGCUCGUGGCACUGAUUAUUGUACCGUUGAUUGCCUGCUCUAACAUCGAGGGAAUGGGUCGCACAGAUUGGGACGUGGCUUCGUCUUACGGCAAAUUGAUGAUGUUCCCCAUAGGCUGGUGGAAUCAUGGAGGUUCAAUUAAACCGGCAUUAGCCGUGUGUCACACCACCAUUUCCGGAUGCUCGAGUUCGGCCGCACUAAUGCAGGACUUCAAGACGGGCUAUUUACUGGGUGCUUCGCCUGCUGUGAUGUUCUACUCGCAAGUAUUUGGCUGCGCUCUCGGCUGUCUGAUUUGCCCGGCCUUGUUCGUGCUCUUGCGUAGUGCCUGGACGAUCCCCACAGCUGACCCGGAUGCGUUCAUUACGGGAUUGUAUGCUCCCAUUUUCCGCACACUCGCGAUCGUGGCGACUGGUUCUGGGUUCGGAGCUCUGCCUAAAAACUGUCUUUACAUUUGUCUCGCCUUCGUCAUUCUGGCCAUUCUGCUGAACAUCGUCAUCUUGAUCUGUCAGCGUUAUUGUCCCAAGAUGGUGACCUACAUCCCUGAGCCGUCGGCUAUGAGCAUCGGCAUGAUUGUGGGCGCAGGAGUGCCCUUAGAAUUCUUCGUCGGCGGGCUCAUCACCUGGUUCUGGGCGCGCCAUCGACCCGAGCAGUGUGAGGAACUUAGGGCAUACAUUGCCUCCGGCUUCAUCGCCGGCUCCGGCUUCGCCGUCGUUCUCCAAGUCAUCGUCUCACUCUGCGGUCUUAAGCCAAACAUUGCUGUCGGCUUCCUUACCACGAACACCACCCAGUCCUACAUGGGCGCCAAGGAAUGGGUCAUGGCUGCCGUAGCCAUCCUUUGCACAACCGGCGCAAUUCUCCUCGGUGCUUACUGCUGGUUCAGAGCCGAUGACGCUCCCACCGAUGCCGACGAGCAGGCACGCCUGCUCGACGGCUCGCGCUUCCUUGACAACGAAGACAUCAUCGCCUCGCCCAGGUCGCUCUCAACCUCCUCUGAAGGAUACCUCGAAGAGGAGGAAGUUUAA